AUGAAGAUGAGAAUUAAUGUAUUCACCAUAUUCUUAUGUUUAUUAACACCUAUCAUAGCCACUAGAAGUCUUUUAGCCACUUCAUUAGUUACCUGUAGUAAUGAUAACUUAAUUACACCAACAUAUUUCAAUGUUACUUUUAAUCCUGAUGACUUGUCUUUAAGAUAUAAUGUUGAUUUGACCACUGAAAUCAGUGGGAAAGUUAUUGGACAUAUUCAAGUAUUUGCUUAUGGAUUUGUUAUCUUAGAAACAGAUAUUGAUUUAUGUAAUAUUGGAUGGAAACAAUUUUGUCCAUUAACUCCUGGACCUUUACAAAUUGAUUCGAUUCAAUAUAUUGAUAAAUCAACAGCUGAUUUAAUUCCAGGUAUUGCUUAUACAGUUCCAGAUAUUGAUGCCAUUGCAAGAGUUACUAUCAAAGAUGCCGAUAGUGGAGAAACCAUUAGUUGUUUACAAGCAUCAUUUUCAAAUGGUAAAACUGUAGCUCAAACAGGAGCUAAAUGGGCAACUGCAUGUAUUGCAGGUUUAGGAUUAUUAAUUGCUGCAUUAUUAUCAACAUUUGGUAAUUCCAAUGCCGCUUCCCAUAUUUCUGCCAAUGCAGUUUCAUUAUUCUUAUAUUUCCAAUCAGUUGUGGUUGUUUGUAUGCAAAGUGUUGAAAGAUUACCCCCAAUUGCUUCAGCUUGGGCAGAAAAUUUAGCUUGGUCAAUGGGUUUAAUUAGAGUUCAAUUCAUGCAAGAUAUUUUUAGAUGGUAUGUUCAAAGUACUGGUGGUACUCCAACUUUAUAUUUCAAAGGUACAACUAAACAAAUUUUAGUUCAAAGAGCUUAUGAUCAUUUAGAUAAUAUUCAUAAAUUUUAUAAAAGAGCUUUAGAUUUUACUUUAUCAUCAAAUGAUAAUUUAAUCAUUUUAAGAGGUAUUAAAAGAAUGGGUUAUAAUUCAAAAAUUGAACCAACUUCAAUUGUUGUUACAGGUUUUACUUUCUUUAUUAUCAUUGGUUAUUUAUUAGUUUUCCUUUUGGUUGUUUUUAAACAAGUUAUUGAUUUAUUGAUUUAUACUAAAAAGAUGAAUCCUAAUUCUUAUAAUCAUUUUAGAAGAUCAUUUUCUUCUAUCAUUAAAGGUACCAUUUUAAGAUAUACUUAUAUCGGAUUUACUCAAUUAGUUAUCUUAUCAUUUUUUGAAUUUACUCAAAAUGAUUCCCCUGCUGUUAUUGUGUUAGCUAUUUUAUUCUUAAUCUUAGCUUUAGGAGUAAUUGGUUGGUCUUGUUAUAGAACCAUUGUUAUUGGAAAGAAAUCCGUCAAAGAAUUUAAUAAUCCAGCAGCUUUAUUAUAUGGAGAUUCCAAUAUCUUAAAUAAAUAUGGAUUUGUUUACACAAUGUUUAAUGCAUCAAAAUAUUGGUUUGGUAGUGUUAUUAUUAGUUAUAAUUUCAUCAAAGGUUUGUUCAUUGCUUUAUGUCAACCUCAAGCUAAAGUAUCGGUAGUGGUUGUAUUUGUUGCUGAUUUAGCAUUUACAAUUUAUUUAUUUAUUCAAAGUCCUUAUUUAAAUAAACCUACCAAUAUUAUCAAUUAUUGUAUGUCAAUUGUUACAACAUUAAAUUCUUUUAUGUUUUUAUUCUUUUCCGAUUUAUUUGGUCAACCAGCACCUGUGGCUUCAAUUAUGGCAUGGCUUUUCUUUAUUUUAAAUGCAGCUUUCGCUUUAAUUUUAUUGAUUUUUAUUAUUGUUUUCAGUGUUUUGAGUGUGGUUUCUAAGAAUCCUGAUGCAAGAUUUGCUCCUGCUAGAGAUGAUAGAACAUCAUUCCAAAGAAUGUCAUCAGUUAAAAGAAAAUCUCAAUUCAAUGAUGAAAAAACUAGUGGUAAUAAUGAAUUAUUAGCAUUAGGAGUUGCAGCUCAAGAUCAUAAUACUAAUUGGGCCGAAGAAAUGUAUAAUUUAAACAAUCAAACAGGUUCAAAUUCCAAUGAAAAUUCCCAAACUGAUAUUUUAACUCCAAAUUUAAAUCAUGAAAAAUCAACCGAUAUUGAGGUUGCUGAUAAUGAAAAUGAAGAUACUGGUUAUACUUCAAGUGAUGAAUCUAGAACUUUUGGUUCAAGAUUAAGAAGUUUAAAAAGAGGCUUAUCAAAAAAGAAAACCAAGAAAAAUGAAGAUGAAGGCAAUUUAACAAGAUUAAGUGAUAAAAUAGAUCUUGAUGAAGAUGAUGAUGUUCCUCAACCAAAUUUAACUCAUAAUAGAAAUGAAUCAAAUUAUUCGGGUUAUAUUCAUACUCCUACCGGUAGAAAUGAUGUUAUAUGA